AUGUCGUCGCCGCCUUUCAGAGUCCCCCUUUCUAUCGACAAAGACUACGAAGGCAUCUUGACCGAUAUCCUCAGGAAGCGACAGACCCGUCCGCGUUCCGAUAUCUUGGACACCAAGGAACGGGCAUUAGACAUCUACCAAUGCUUCGCAGACUUGCCUGCACCUCCUCAAGUGACCUAUGAUGAUAUCGUACGGUCGCUACAUGAAGUCAAGUCUUUCGAUGGACAGUCGAUAUCCGUUCAUCGCUUCGAGCUUGCUGCGACCGGCAGAGAACAAUCGACAGAAACUCACAGGGCUCCUGCUGUGCUGCAGAUUCAUGGCGGCGGCAUGUUCAUGGGCUCGGUAGAACAGUACGUUCCAACCGUCUCGGCCUUAGUACAACAGUCGGGUGUACAGUUCUUCUCCGUCGACUAUCGUCUCGCCCCAGAUUAUCCACAUCCAGCGCCUACGGAAGAUUGCUACGCAGCAUUGGAAUGGCUUCUCAACUCGGCGAACAAGCUCGGUAUCGACCCCCACCGCGUCGCGAUACAGGGUGACAGUGCUGGUGGUGGCAUUGCUGCAGUGGUCGCUCAGAUGGCGCGGGACCGCAAGCUUACACCAAAACUCGCAAAGCAGAUCCUCAUAUACCCCAUGCUGGAUGACAGAACAUUGUCAGGAGACGUGGACCUUGGACGAUCUGCCUGCUGGACUUCAACGAUAACACAGUCGGGUGGACUGCACUAUUAG